AGAAUGAUCCCACAGUUGGCUUGGGAACUCAAACCCUCUGCAUGGCCACAGAGGCCAGCUUCCUGGCCGACCCUGACGUCUUUCACACUUUCCCGUGUAAAGAGAUCCGGGGGGGAGAGUUCAUUUCUAUAAUCAAACGAGGUUCUGGGACUCUCAAGAUUAAGGAGAUCGGGAUUUAUGAACAAAACGGUGGAUUUCAACUGGGCUAUUUGCCAUUGACAGAGUGCCUCGAGUUCUUUCAAGUGGGCAAAGUCGUCGAGGGCGAAUAUUACAUUGAUCCCUCUGAAUCCGGCAGCAUUGACCGAGCUUUUCCCGUGUAUUGUAAGGAUGGAUGGACGCAAAUCUUGAGGCGGGGACAACAUGGAAAUAAGCAGAGACCUGUCUAA